AUAUUUCUACUUUCAGUUUCGUUAUUUUAAAACCCGGAAAUACGUUUUGUUAAUGAAUCAUUUUUCGUAAGAUAUUUAAAGUUAGAUAAAAAAAACCCAGUUUAGGAACUAGAUAGACUGUAAAGGAAAACGGUUUGACGAAAAAUUACAAGUAUAGCGUGUGUUUGAAACCGUAUGAUGAACUGUCCGGCAGCAAUUCUGGUGGUAUUGUUUGUUUUCCUGGAGAAUGGAGUUGUUGGGGAGCAGUUGUCAGAUUACCUGUGGGAACAGACAGCAAACUACCAUCAGAAAGCACUAGUUUCUAACUACAUUCAGGGAAUCAAGAAUGUGUCACUCGAUCCAACUGAGUUUGGGGCCUACAAUAUCCAGGAUGCAGUGUAUGUUUACUGGUUCAAGGAAAGCAUUGACAUUGCAGCCAACAGAACAACUGAUACAGCUCUUAAACAGUUCUUACUAAACAAAUCAAAAAGUCAUGAUCUAGAAUACAAGAAGGCAUUUAAAGCGUGGCAUAUCAAAGAUACGGAUGGAAUCCAGCUAGGAAGUGCCUGUCAAAAUUAUGUGAAUCACCUUAUGAAUGUUGCCAAAACAAUGGAUGGCAACUACCUUGUUACAGCAUUGAUACCAUGUGCUAGACUCUGGCCUUGGCUUGGCCAAAAAAUCGGGGCAGAUUCAGGAAAGUUUGGUAUCUAUAACAAAUGGGUUCAGGAAAAUUUAGAUCCAAACUAUACUGGGUACACGAAAUAUGAAAAGGUUAUUAACGACGCAUUUACAAAAGGGACAAUAACUAAAGAGAAAGCACUGCAGGUCUAUGGGGAAAGUAUGAUGGGAGAAGUAGCGUUCUUCAAUUCCGUAUAUAAAACCAUCCAGCAAGAUCACCAUGGAAAAUUCUGAGGACAGCGGACUGUCUAUCUUAUCUUCUGCUCUAAAGGAUUCUAUAUAUUAUUGCAUACUGUCUCCAUGUGAAACGAACAUGAAUAAUUGUUGUAAGACUAUACCAUGACAUUUCUAAACUUUAAAGGCUGUGACCUGUGUUCUUUAAGCACGUUAGUAGAAAAACACCACUAGGAUCAGAAUGUAAGAUUAUCUUAUAAUUUUCUAUUCAUUCUAAAAUCUUUCCCACACAUUAUGCAUCUCAAAUUUUCACUGAACAGCAAAUAGGAAUCUUUAAACUUUCCAAAUGUAUCGAUCAGUCGCGUAGUAUGUUAGAAGAACGUGUAUUGGAACCAUAAAAAGUAUUAAAUGCGCAAAAUUUGCAAGAUAUUGUCUUAAGCUAACUAAAACUCUUGGUGAAUAAAUAUAAAUAUUAAAUAUGACCCAAUCAAUAAUACGUUGUCGAGAAAUAGAGAGACCAUUUCAAUUAUCUUGGCUUCGAGACAAAGAGACAGUGUCAAUCGGUUUUCAGUCAAAAUCAGUUUCCUCUCACAGAGACAAUGUUAUUUUAACAUAUUUGGCAUUUAAGUCCACUUGUCAUUCAAUGGAGAUAAUAUUUUACUCCAUAGUUUCUAUGUAAGACGAGCGAGAAUAAUAACAGCUUAUGUGUGUACGUCUGUCACAUGGUAUGUGUACGUGUGUCACAUGGUAAACAAUGUAAGUUAAUCGGCUCCAGAAAUGCAGACUAGGGCAGUAUUUUCUACAAUCCAGGAAUUGGUAUUGAAAACAUUAUAUAUUUGUUGAUUACUUCAAGCUGAAAAUAUAUAAUAUUCAUGUCA